CAAAAAAAAAAAACGUCAUUACAAUAGCCCACAUCUUCCCCCUUUCCAUGAUAUUUCUUCGUCCAAAUACAGAGUUAAAAACCCAACUUGGUGUCCUUACAAUUAUCCCAUCUGCAUAUAUUCUCUUCGUUAACGGCGUCUUGUGUUAUAUAAAUGAGUGAGUGAUAAGGGGCAACGCAAAAGCUAAGUUGAAAUUUUUAAAAAAAUAAAAAAAAAUGAAGAAGUUGUGCGAGCUGUGUGGGUGUGUGGCUACAGUGAUGUGCGAAGCAGACGCAGCCAUGUUAUGUUGGGGCUGCGAUUCGAAGGUCCAUGGGGCUAAUUUUCUAGUGGGGAAGCAUUUGAGGGUUUUGCUGUGCCAUGAUUGUCAAGCCCCUACCCCUUGGAAUGGUUCUGGUCCUAACCUUGUGGCUACGGUUGCCUUUUGCCACAAUUGUGUUCACAAAAAAAGGCUGAAUAAUGGGAGACGGUGUGAGAAAGCUUGUGGGAGCUCUAAUGGCGGAACUGCACCUAUUGGUUGUGAUGAUGACGACGACGACGACGACGACGAUGAUGAGAUUGAAAAUCAAGUGGUUCCUUGGUUAUCUUUGUCCCCUAGCUGAUUGGGAAUUACUUUUUGGUUAUGUCUAAUGAUGUAAAAUGUAAAUUUAUCCUUUAAAUUAUGAGUAGGAAUUUCAUUUUUUGUAAGUACCAUUCAAUAAACGUAAUGUAGAAAGUUUGAACUUUACAUCUCAA